AUGGUUAAUUUCCAAGAAUCAAGUGUUGAUUACAGGUUGCUUGAUGAUGUUGGUAUUUACACACCAAUUGUCAAUGUUUGUUCAUUGAUCUGGUUUCAGAUUGUGGGGAUGGCUUGGGAUAAGUUCCCACACAUUAAAGGCCCACAAAAUCCUCCUCGGUUUCUACUUUCUCCCUCUCCCUCUCCUCAGUUGCUGUUUCGCGCUGCUCAUUUCUUCUUCAUCAAUUCUGCAACAAUGACGACAUCAAAGAGAGUUGCAGAAAAGAAAGUUGCAAAGUUUGAGAAAAAUAUAACAAAAAGGGGAUUGGGUCCGAUGGCUUCAAAGAAGAUGAAAACAGAGCUUUAUGUGCUUGCUUUCUUUGUUGUAGUGGUGGUUGGAUCCUUUAUAUUUCAGAUUGUCAGGCUGGCAUUGACGGGAUGAAAAGUUUCAUGGGUC